UUAAAUCGGAGAGGACCCAUCGCAAGCCUGGACAACAAGGAAAACAAAGGGGGAAGGCAAUUUGUCGAUUACCUCAAAAUCAGAAGAGGUCGCAUGAUCAUGGAGACCGAUGACGACGAUUACUUCCUGGAGCCUGAGUAUGGAUACGAGGACCUGACCUUCCUGGAGGCCUGUAUGGAUAACGACCUGGAUGCUAUAGCAUCCAUAGUGGAGGACAGCCCGACGGAUGAGGAGAUUAAUGAGAGGGAUCGCUGUGGUCGGACUGGCUUAUCUCACCUGUGUUCCACCGGCCUGACCCCCGCUCUGGAACUAUUGAUUGACGUACCUGAGCUAGAUGUGAACUUACCUGACAAGGAGGGAAACACGCCAUUGAUCUUGGCGGCACAGGCAGGUCACACUGACGCUGUCCGCAUACUGCUGCAAGACUUCAAGGGAAUCCGCAUAGAUCAGCCCAACAGGCUGGGGAUGACGGCGCUCAUGAAGGCCGCUAUCCAAGGACGCACAGACUGCGCUAGAUUACUGCUAUACGCGG